CGGGUAUGUACUAAACGUAUAUAGGUACUAUAUGAACACCUGAAUGGGUGGUCAUGUGUAAUAAGUACAUAUAAACAGGUCGGGUACACCUCGAAGUUCACAAGUUUCUUGGUGUUGCAAAGUGACGAACAUGAAGGUAAUCUACGUUUUACUGUUGGUGUGCGUUGCCUACGCAGCCGCGUUGCCCGCUCUGGCACCCCAUGAUGGGGCUCUAGAAGCUAAACCCGAGACUUUGGAGUCUCUGGAGCUCGCAGAAAACCGUCACUGGGGAGGUGGUUACGGCAAUGGGGGUUGGGGUCACGGAGGCUAUGGGGGUUGGGGUCACGGAGGCUAUGGGGGCGGAUGGGGUCGCGGUGGAGGAUGGGGUCAUGGAGGCGGAUGGGGCAGAGGUGGAGGAUGGCGGGGUUAGAAAGUGCACGUUCACUUGAGGGGUUAAAAAAUGUUACCGGAAGUGUUUUGUGACAAUAAAAGUAUAAGUGAAUAAAAAAGUCUUGUUAUUCCUACUCU